AUGGAACCAGAAGUACCAGGAGUUGGGAUUUAUGAAGUAGCUACUCGACUUAAUGAUAUUAGUCAGCUGGAUCAACGUGAUUACGAUUCUUGUAUACGCACUAUGGUACACACAGGCCUGGCCGCUUCUAUAAAUGGAGCCUCUGGCACAAGACAUACGUGCCUGCGGACUGCUCUUAAUCCACACUCAUACGCAUUCGACUCCGAUACAGGCAGGUUGAUCAUCGAACUUCGAGCUCUCACGCCAAGAGAAUUAAAUGACCUACAUGAGCCAAUACGACGUCCUUUCAAGCUCAACUUUCAACUUGUUUUGUAA